AUUCGUGUUACCUUGAUUAGACUCAGCUAUAUAACAAAUAUAAACAGCAUACUUUAGUACAACGUAGUGUUGUGUGAUUUAUUGUGCAAAUAUACAUUAAAAAAAACUAAAUAAACAAUGGCCAAACUAGAACGAGUGUCAGAAGGGUGUGUUCUAGGCGAAGCACCCCAUUGGGACGGUGCUACCCAAAACCUCUAUUUUGUUGACAUUUAUGGAAAAAGCAUCCUCAGAUACGUACCAUCGACCAAAAAAGUGACCAAAGCGUCACUCGCCCCACAAAGUCCCACUUUCAUCAUCCCUGUAGAAGGCAAAAAGAACCAGUUUAUUAUAGGGGCAAACAACGAACUGAAAAUAAUCUCAUGGGACGGAGAAAGUGAGAAAAUUUCAGUCGAAGAAAAAUUGUCGACAGUGGAAAGAUCGACUCAAGCACCAAACGCAGCUUUCAACGACGCCAAAUGUGACUCUGCUGGAAGAUUAUGGGCGGGUACUCAGAGUUUAGCCGCUGAACUAGCCAAAACCGAACCAGUGGGUUCUUUGUAUACCUACGACGGCAAGGGUCAAUUAAAGAGCCAAAUUGGUGGUAUUCGAGUGGCUAAUGGUCUGGCUUUUAACGACAAAACCAAGAAAAUGUUUUAUAUUGAUUCGCUGCAAGGAACGGUUGAUCAGUUUGAUUUUGAUCUUAGUAGAGGAACCAUUUCCAAUCGACAAGUUUGGUUUACUUUGAAAAAACUAAGUAUUCCUGGUAUUCCGGACGGUAUGGCCAUUGAUACCGAUGGUAAUUUAUGGGUUGCGGUGUUUGGAGGGAGCCGGGUUUUGAAAGUUGAUGGUAACAAACGGGAAACUUUGUUGGAUACUAUAAAUAUACCGGCUGAACAGGUUACUUCAGUGGCAUUCGGAGGUCCAAAUCUAGACGAGCUUUACGUUACAACAGGAGCUUUGGAGAUUGAAGGGAAAAAACUACCCCCUCCAGAGAACGGAGCCACUUAUAAAAUAACCGGAACCGGUUCAAAAGGACUUCCUGGAGUCAGUUUCAAGCCCCUUUGAAAGAAAGCCACAAAAUUUAUUUUUAAUCAUUGUUUACACGAAACGGAAUCGUCUCAUUUAUUCCGUUCGGAUUUUUCCACACCUACAAAUUAAACAGAAAUUUAAGUACAACACGAAUUACACCAUAAAAAUGACUUUAUCUAUACUUGUACAAGUGUACCUACUUCACCCAACGAAAUAAACACUUUUUAAUACA